AUUAUACCACGAGACUCGGAGAGAGUAUUCCCGGAAUUUGAAAUGAGGACAGGAGUCCAUUUACUGAUCACUUGACAAAGACGCGGUCAGAUUCCGUGCGGUACAUACAGUGUUAACCACAUCACUAUCUCAUUUGCGACGUCCUCAUCUCGUGAUUGUAAAAAUGGGAUCUUGUAAGACAGUGGUAUGCUUGCUGUUGUGUUUAUGUCAAACCUCCCAUCAGCUGUGCAAGCAGUCACAGUCAGGCCGACCCUUCGUAUUCUACGUUGGGAUUCUGUGUCUGAACACAGAUACAGAUAUAAACACCAUAGACACAUUGCGUAAGGACAUUACUGAAAUUCUUAUGUCCACCAACGAAUCUGAAGUGGUCAGUUGUUUCCAGUUCAACAAGUACGUGUACAUCGAAGUUAAAAUUGACCUGCAGAUAGAGACGGGGGGAUGGACCAACAUUGAGGAGGCUAUUGACACUGCAAUGACUGACGAAGGAGAGUCGUCGGUGAGUCCCAGUGUCAUCAUUGGUCCAUUUUAUAUGAACGUUGCUAUGAUAGCUGAGAAAAUGGGGAUUCCUUAUAUCGUCACUGAUUACAAAGGAUUUGAUUGGAUAGACGUUAGCAGCGUCAGAAAUCACGUGAUAUGGAAAACAAUGUUGGUAAUGAAGCCGCCCUCUCAGCAAGUUAUUUUGGCAGUGGUGGAUAUGAUGAAUGCGUACGACUGGAAGAUAGCAGUUGUAGUCAAACCUGACGAUCCAACCUCUGACCAAGAGUGUAACGAUUUGCUGUCACAGAUGAUGGACAACGACAUUUCAUCCAUCUCCUACUCCUUGGAAGUAUCAUCGAAAGAAAAGACGGACACGCAGGCCUCAGAACUUUUGAGAACUGCGCAGAUGCUGAAUAUCAAGACGGUCCUCGUCUGCAGUCCUCGGGACUAUCGUCAGAAUCUUAUCAGUACCAUUCUAAACACGGCAAAGACAUUCGGCAUGAUGAGCGACGAAUCAAGAUCAUUCAUAUUACUAGAUACGGAUUUUUACCUGCACAGUUUGAGUGAGAACAACAUUUACCGCCAAAAGUACUAUGCUGCGCGCAGUCAGCUACUGGCUUUCCGGUACCGUGACGUAAUAGAGGACUUCACUUCUCCUACCCGGGCGAUAGCCACCGACGUUUCCCGUCUCAUAGUAGAGGCAAAGAAAAACUACAUGACUAUAGCUGGAAGACAGAGCAAGAUCGAUAGUAAACUGUUCCUGGAGAGUUUGAAGAAGGUUUCGUUUGACGGUACAUCAGGAAUGAUUCAGUUUAAUUCCACCACAGGAGCACGUGUGAACUUUAACCUCCAUCUGUAUCGUCACGGGAGAGGACUGGACAUCAUCACACGGAUCGGAGAAUGGUCGCCCAAUGGCGUUGUACCGCAGGCCAGAUUUACCAAACUGAACGAGUCUAAGCCGCAGAAGACGAAGAUUAAGAGCCUUUUUGACGGUGUACAGAAGGUGGCCGUGGUUUUGGAGGAUCCGUUCGUCAUGUUGAAGGACGACCCCUUCGCGACAGGAAACGAUCGUUACGAGGGGUUUACAAUUGACCUGCUGAACGAGCUGUCAGAUAGGUGUGGUUUUGAAUACGAAAUUUACCACAUGGAAGCGUAUGGUUCCAUUGUAGGUGAGGGGGUCUGGAACGGAAUCGUGGGGGAGGUCAUUAAUGGGUCUGCUACUUUCGGAAUGGGUGCAAUUUCCAUUACAUCGGGCAGGGAGAAAGACGUAGAUUUCAGUCUCGGUGUCAUGACAACAGGCGUGAAUCUUUUGAUAUCAAAACCCAAAAUCGUCGACUCAAUAUUCCAGUUUAUGGAGCCAUUUUCUCUGAAUCUGUGGAUGGCGAUUGUUGGUGCGUCUGUCGGCGUUUCGCUAUUAUACUUUGUUCUGGACUAUUCGAGCGAGGAACGCAAGUUUUCGGUGAGAGAGACAUGGUGGUUUUCUAUUGGAACACUUUUGAUGCGAGGGACGGAUUUCGCUCCUCGUCCUACGUCACAGAGAAUCCUGACAGCCGGGUUCUUGUUCUUCGUUUUAAUUACGGUAUCAUCUUAUACAGCGAAUAUGGCUGCUUUUUUGACAACGAACAAUUUGGAAAAACAGAUACAAUCAUUAGAAGAACUGAAUGAAAGGUCGGACUAUGAGUGCGGAACUGUAAGGGAUUCUGCCACAAUGAACUUCUUUAGAAAAAGCUCGAAGUCCUUAUAUCAAAAUGUGUGGAAGAAAAUGAGCGACGGAGGGCUAGUAUCUGGCUCAGAGGAAGGGCGUCAGAGGGUCAAGAAAGGGGGUUACGCCUUUAUUUUUGACUAUAUGAUCAAUUCAUACUCCGAACUUACAUCAUGUGAAACCAAAAUGGUAGGGAUCCCUUUCAGGCUCCAAGAGCACGGUAUUGUGAUGAAACAAGGGGCGCCAUUUAAAACCAACCUCAAUAUAAAUCUUCUCAAAAUCAAAGAAUCGACCAUCAUGGCACAGCUCCGAAAUAAGUGGUGGGAGAACAAAAGAAAAUGUGACUUUUCGGAGAGCCAACCCACGGUGGAGUUUGGAAUUAAGCACAUGGCGGGGGUGUUUAUCGUGGGGGCGGGCGGACUGGUGUGUGCCAUACUUUUCUUUUUGUCCAAGAAGUGGUUCGUAGCUUUAAGGACCAAGGACAAGGCUGCAGAAUCAGACUCAGGCAAGGCGGAGACGUUAUAUGCCACGGAGAAGGGUGUGAGUAAAACAGACGUGGCAAACGCCGUCAGCGUGUGAGUGAUGAACCGUGACGAGUGACUGAUGAACCGUGAUGAGUGACUGAUGAACCGUGACCAGUAAAAGCAGAUCUGAGUUCACUUCAUAUCGAUGAGAUAUUAUUCAUCAUUACAAGUUUUAUUAAAGCAAUUCAUACCAUAAACAUAUAUUGAACAUAUUGAUGAUGAAUUACAAGUAAGGCAUUUUCUAAUAGUAUACAAGAUGUAUAUAUAGAAUCAGGUCGAUACAAAAAUGAACUUAGGAACAAUAGAAUAUGUACAUUGUGUGAUUUAAAAGACGUAGAGGAUGAGUUUCACUUUAUUUUGAAAUGUCCAAAAUACCAAGAAAUACGUAAUCUAUAUAUCAAAAAGUAUUAUUUUAGACGUCCAAGCGUUUUCAAAUUAAUUCAAUUAUUAAGUGUACACAAUGUUAAAGAAUUGCGAAACUUAGGAAAUUUUUUAUUCCUAGCAGAGAAAAUAAGAAAAGAUAAUUCAUAAUUGUAAUUACACCCCAUUUCUUUUUCUCAUUUAACACAAUUUUUUUUCUUCUAUUCUUAUUUUCAUACAACUCUCACGCAAUCACCUAUAUUACAAAUAUUAUCUUUUAUACUUAUAUGUAUAUGUAUGCUGAUCUAUAGCCCUGAUUAUGUGCAUGUUGUUCACCUUAUAUUUCAUUAUGUAUAAAAUUGUAUAUCUGAUGUGCCAGAUGGCAUAAAGAAAUAAACUGAACUGAACUCAA